AGGACUUUUUGUUUUUUAAAUGUAGCUCUUUUAGAAAACGAUGAAAAGGAUGAAGAGGAUAUGUCUCUGGAUUCAGGGGAUGAAAUCUCACAAAUAGAAGUAUGCAGCAAUUUUCAUUCAGAAAUAUUGACGAAAGAGACCAAAGGAUCACGUGGAACAGAUCAAAAUAUGAAUAUUCAAAUUCAGUUGCAAUCGUCUCUUGACGUGCAAAAAAGUUUAUUAGAAGAUAAGACUUAUCAAAUUGAUUCUGAAGAGAGAGCUUCUAUUGAUCUAGUAUGCUCUGAAGGAGAGAACAGCAAUUCAGCUGAACAAGAUUCAUAUAGCAACUUUCAGGUUUAUCACAGUCAAUUAAAUAUGUCCCAUCAGUUUAGUCAUUUUAAUGUUCUCACUCAUCAGACAUUUUUGGGGACACCAUAUGCCCUUUCAUCAAGUCAGUCUCAAGAAAGUGAAAAUUACUUUUUAUCUGCUUAUACUCAAAGCUUGGAUAGAGAGAAAUCUUCAUCUCCAUUAAAUUGGGGGAAAAGUGAUUCUUCCAGGCCAUAUUCAAAAGAGAAAUAAUUACAGUAACUUUUUUUUUUUGGAAGUAGGUUGUUACGGACUUUUUCUGUUUUUUAAAAGUGAAUUAACAAUUUAUAUUUCUUUCUCUAAAAAAAAGGUUUCUUGUCCUUUCUCAAAUGUUUUUUUCCUCUUAUUUAAAUCAUGAUGGCCUGUAACAUUUGAAGUAUCUGAAAAUUGAAAUAAAUAUAUAUUUUUAA